CACUCACAAAAGUUCGUAUACCAAUUACAAUACAACAGUUCGUAUAACAGUACAAUUGUUAUGAAAGAAGUUUGAAAGUGACAAUGCUACUCUUUUCUAAUGCCAGUUUUAAUUAAAUACUCUUUGUUAACAAUGACAACCAUCAGAGUAGAAUGAAUUGCAGAAGUUAUAAACAUUAAUUUAGUUUUGUAAAUUUAAGUAGAAAUGUUAAUCAAAAAGGCAAGUUGGUGAGAUGAUACAAGAAAUUUUGCUCUUGGCAAUUAUCCCUUGUUACUUGAGCGCGAAUUAUUACGAUGAUGAGGAAACGUCAAAGAGAAAAUCUUUUCCCAAAAUGGAGGAGGUAGAAUUUGAACCCGUCAACCCUCUUCCCAGAGAUAAAGACAAGAUGGCGACGGCAAUGAAAAAUUUAAAUUGCGAAGAGUUCUCUCGGUACACCCUCAACUGUACCCUAGAGGCUGCAUUAGAAUAUAAUUCUAGCAGGAAGGCGCCACCGAUGCCAGCAAAAAUUAACGACUGGUGCAAGGCCAUAAGGCACCUCACCAACUGCGCCAUCGACUGGAACUCCGAGUGCAGAGAUGUAACAGAGAGCCACUUCAACGAGGAGAGCAUCAAGGGCCAUAUGCAUGUCGUCGACAAUGUUUGUGACGACGAGUGGUUUUUGUCGCGUUACGACGAUCUUCCCAUAUGUAUAGAGGCGAUAUCUGACGUAUGGGAGGCAUGCUACUCCACUUUCAAACUCCUGGUCGACGAGCAAAAGAACAAAUCACGCGAGUGGACGCAUUACGAAACACAUUUCUAUAUGUGCUGUGCCAGAGCAGCCUUCCGUAGGUGUACACUGGAUUCUUUAUUCAGCACUGACAAAUGUAGUCAAGAGCAAGCUGCCACGCUGCAAAAGUUCUCCAUAAUCGUUUCUGAAGGCGACGUUUAUCAGGAUUGUGAAUCUAAUAUGAUGUACGCAAACUGUCCGGGCGGUGAUCCGCGGCCGUCGACGCGCCAGCUCAACAAACUAAUGGCACCGGACAAUAAAUCUGACGUACCCACAUCAAAAUCUAGCACUAUCGUUCUGACUUUUGUAUUGUAUUGUUAUUUCUAUUUUUGUUGUGUGUAAAGACUGUAUUGGUG